AUGCAGUUAAACAUGGGUGAAAGGGAUGUGUUGUUUGCACACGCUUUGGAUAUGGGUCAUUCACUAUUGAAGAAAUUGGAUGUUAGUACUGGCUCCAUUGGAAGGGUAGGAGCUCAUUCGCUGACUAAAGUUGUGAUUCAGAAGCUGGUUUUCAAUCUCAAUUCAGUGCAACCAGGCAGAGCUUUCUAUAACAAUGGGAGUUCGAUGCAAGGUUUACACCCAAUGUUGUUUGUCCGAAGUGGAAGCAAUGAAGCACUGAUAUCAUCUACUGGGAAUAACAAUAAGAAUAUACAGGUUUAUGCACUCACAGUUCAACCUGCAGACCAACCCCUUCCAGUUUAUAGGAACCAAGGGUCAAUUAUGAAGAAUGAAGCGCAAGCUCGAGUGAUUUCGCUUGGUGUUUUGAAUCCUUACCAGGAAAGGUGGGCUAUCAAAGCUAGAGUGAAGUUUAGAAGAAGGGAAGUUUGUUCCAACUUUAAGGAGCCCUAUAAGGAUUUUUCUGUUUCCAGUGUUGGCUGUGUUUGGUAA